AUGGUGGCAUCGAGUAACACACGUCUCCCUGUGAGGAACAAAGACUUUACCAAUGCGACUGUAGUCAUUAUUGGCGCCGGCAUAUCGGGAAUGUGCAUGGCGAUCGAUUUGAUCAAACGGAAUAAAACCCGGAACUUCGUUAUCCUCGAGAGAAGUAGCAGCGUAGGCGGAACUUGGAAUGACAACAAGUAUCCUGGCUGCUGUUGUGAUGAGGAUAUCCCGGACAAGAAGAAAUACAUGUUAGUAAUAUAUGUGACCCUCGACCUGCAUUGUUCGAUCCGAGUCAUUGCUGAUUUGUGUAUCGACCAGGCGUAUCUCGUUGGCGUUGCAGAGAAAUAUGGACUCUACAAACAUAUUCGAUUCAAUUCCACCGUAGAGGAGGCCCGAUGGGAUGACAUCGAGUCCAAAUGGAAGACAAGCGUCGUGGUAUCAGGCCAGAAAGACAGCGAGUACUCAAGCUCAUACGUUUUGAACUCUGAUUUCCUUGUCUCUGCUGUCGGGCAACUCAAUUUACCCCGAACUCCAGACAUCCCAGGACUAAAGGAUUUUCAAGGGAAGAUAAUGCACUCUGCUAGGUGGGAUUGGACUUAUGAUUUGACAGGAAAGCGGAUCGCAAUAAUUGGCAACGGAGCAACCGCUGUUCAGAUUGCCCCUGAAGUUGCCCGGGUUGCCUCUCAUCUCACUAUCUAUCAGCGGACGCCAAACUGGCUCAUUCCUCGCCUAGAUCAACCAGUAUCUACCCUUCAAAAGACCCUGCUCAGGUGGGUUCCACCUCUGAAGUGGCGUAAACGUGCACUUCAAAUGGAAUUUCGUGAAGGCUUUUAUGCAGGUAUCACAGAUGGAGAUUCGGACAUUUCCCAUAUGCUUCGGACCAUGUGUACCGACAUGAUGAAAUCUCAACUGGCUGACCAGCCGGAGCUAUGGGAUAAACUGAUACCCAAUUAUGCGCCGGGGUGCAGACGAGUCCUUUUUACAGAUGAUUAUUAUCCCACACUCGUUCGUGAAAAUGUCCUCUUGGAGACACGGGGCAUCACAGGUAUUACAAACUCCAGUAUCAAAGUUGAUGGAGAAGACGAACAAGAACACGACCUGAUAGUUCUUGCUACCGGUUUCAAAACUGUGGAGUUCAUGCAUCCGAUCCGGAUUUAUGGCGCAAAUGGCCGUUCCUUGGAGGAUAUCUGGAGGAAUGGAGCAACUGCGUUUAACGGUGUUACAGUCGAGGACUUGCCCAACUUUGGAAUGUUCUAUGGUCCCAACACAAAUCUUGGGCACAACUCCAUCAUCCUCAUGAUCGAAGCACAGUCAGCAUAUCUGAACACCCUAUUUGGGGAAGUGAUGCAAGCCCACCAGCAAGGAAAGACGCUGUCUCUUAAGCCAGAACCUGGCGUAUUGAAAAGUUACAACGAUAGGAUACAGGCUAUUCUACGACGUACCUCCUUCGCAGAUCCGAACUGUAACAGUUGGUAUAAGAGAGAUGACGGGGUCAUAACCAAUAAUUGGUCUGGGACUGUGAUUGAUUAUCAUCGUGAACUUUCUAAGGUGACGUGGCAGGAAUAUAUUGCCGAGGGAACUGGUAGAGAUUGUGUCAUGGGCAAAAUUGCUACAAAAGUGAGGCAUGCUCAGGAGGAGAUCUUGUUAGGCAAUGUUUCUUUGCUUGUUGGUGCUAUCGGUGUUUUGUCGGCCACAGGUUAUUUCCUAGCUUCGUCGAGGUGGCUCAAGACACAUUGA